GAAAGUGAAAUGGACAGUUUUUUUUAAUACAAACCUAAGCCCGCUCUUCUCUAGCCAUGCCACACACUUGUGGAGUGUAUGCUGAGGUUUUGGGGGUGUGUCUGUUGUGCAGCAUCCUCCAUGAAGACAAAAAUGGCCCCGUGAAACAAGCUGGAAUAUUCGCACAGUGUUUGUGUACCACCCCAGUCGAAAGGAUUUAAUUUUGCAAAGCACCGUUAUCACGGAUGAAAGAUGGCGUUUAUGUCGAGAUUCUCCCGGUCCAGGAGCAACUCGAGAUCACCGAAUCGGAAGGAUGCGGAGAAAGGAUCUCCCAUGCUCUCUGUAGGCGAGCUGGAAAGGCUGCUGUACACCGGGAAAACAGCCUGUAACCACGCCGAUGAAGUAUGGCCAAACCUCUAUAUCGGAGACCAGGAGAUAGCUUCAGAUCGCCGAGAGCUUGCGAGGCUUGGCAUCACCCACAUCCUGAACUGUGCCCAGAACAAGUGGAGAGGCGGCGCUGAAUAUUAUGAGGGCAUGAACAUCACCUACCAGGGCAUCGAGGCUCAUGAUUCACCCACGUUCGACAUGAGCGUUAAUUUCUAUCCGGCUUCGGAGUUCAUUCACAAAGCACUGAGCCAAGGAGGGAAAGUCCUGGUGCACUGCACAGUUGGCGUCAGUAGAUCAGCCACACUUGUGUUGGCUUACCUGAUGAUCCGACAGAAUAUGACCCUGGUGGAGGCCAUCAAGACAGUGAAGGACCAUCGAGGCAUCAUCCCCAACCGAGGCUUUCUGCGCCAGCUCAAUGGCCUGGAUGGCAUCCUCCGCUCCAGCCGCAGGGGGUCAUAAACAUGGGGGGGCACAGUGGUACAGGAUUAUCCCUCGACCAAAAUCCUCACCCAUAGAUUUUAGUUGUUUCUGGGGUUAAACUACAGAUGCUUUUUAUGGAAAACAAACAAACAACAAAAACAAACAGGUACAGAGCCAGAGUCUUGGUUAGAGUCUUAUGCAUUGUGGUCAGUAGAUAUGCCUUAAUGUAUACGUCUAAUUGAGGAUGUAUGUGCUCAAUGCCUUAUUCAGUCCUGUCCAGUGGCAUCUAGUAUGGCACUAUACUAUUCACUGGAAUACUUUAUAACUUCAUGUUGAUUUUAAUAAGAAGGCAGACAUUCCAUAUCACGACACAUCAGAAAUGUCCAUCAUAUCACAGUAGAUCAUUGUUAUCGUUGGCUGAAGGUUUUAUGGACAUCAGUGAUGAAAAGUGCUUUUUAUUGUCUUGAAGUAUUUGAAUGCCAAACCAAAGUAGCAUGUGGUGUGGCAUUAGACCUGAAUGUGCAAUACUUGAUUGUGCACUUGCCUGCUCCCUCCCCCUAGGAGAGUAGGAAAAGCUUUAAUUGCAUUCACAGACUUUUAUAAGAGAAUGGCUGCGCAUUGGCUUCAGGUCUGGAUAAUCCAGCUCCUCAUGAAUACUUUAUCAUAGCCUCCAAUGAUAUAUUAUUUAUAUGCAUGAACCCUUUAUUUAAAGGUGUAUUGGUUAAUUUCCUGUUUGUAUGCAGCUUUUGCUCUUCCUGAGGUUCACAAUAUCAAGCCCAUGACAUAUGGUUAGGUCCUUAUUAGUAUUUGCCCCCUGGAUCAAACACACACGCAGUUUUAAUACAUUAGCACUAAGUAUAAGAUGUCAUGAAAAGUAGCAUUUUAGUAGCACACCCAUAUCAAGGUAUGAGUUCAUAGAGAAAAACCCUGACAGCUGGAGCAUGUACCGGUGCUGAGGUGCUUGAUGGGCACAGCUGAUACAGGAGACAACAUAUACUCGUGUGGAAAUGCUAUGACUGAUGUGACAUGGACUGAGGAGACAUGGGUUGGAUGCAAAGAUUUGAGUUGGAUGCCCAGCCCCAAUAUUUGCGGUUAAUACAUGGCAUGGAUAUAUGUUUAAAGCAACUUGGAACUCAGGUAAAUACAAGAUCCAAGUUGGUCAUGAAGAUUUUAAUAUCAUCCACCAAUAAGUUCAAGUAAGAAACUCAGGCACCCAUAUUGACCCAACUCUGACAUUAACUCUUCGACAUCAAAUAGAUUGUUUAAUAUGUAUUGAUUUUGUAUGCAUUAUAAUUUAAUUGCAUACCUUUGCUUCCUUUUAAAAUCUCUAUGAAAGAAGCUUUUGGCUUGGUACUCUUUAAGUGCUGAUACAGACAUUUUACAAAGUAUCAACACUCAAAAGCACUUUUGUUACAGGUCAGCCACUCCCUAGUCUCUGAGUCCCAAAUGGUCUUGGAAACAGUGUAUUAAAGGCAGCUGGAUGCCUGAAAAUACCACUGACAAUUUUAUGCCAUAUAUUUCAAACCUGUUUUGAACAUAUUUAUCCAGCUUACAACUGCCAGUAUAGCUAAACUGUAUUGGAGGGUUUAAUUGUAUACAUGACAGCACAAGGGAAUCUUUAUGCACAGUACACUUCCUGUUGGGUACACAGGCCUAAUCGUGUAUGGCAUCAAGGCAAAGCAUUCCUUUGUGAUCUUUAAAGUUCAAGCCAACAACACAAACAAAAUAUGACUCACUGUACCAGUGAUUUCCCCUGAGUGAGAGAGUGAGGCAUAAAGACUUUAUAAUCAAAGACCAAGGGAGAUGGGACCGUCUUUACUGGAGCCACCAAAAACACUGCUUCAUUACGCAGGCAGAGUUACACCAGCAGUUUACAGGUACUCUGUCCUGGGUAUGGAGAUUUGUGGGUUUUCCAUUGAGGGAAUCCAUCAAAGUAGCAAGCAAUUCCACCUGCAAUACGAUUGUGUGGUGUAACCAGCAGCUUGCAGUGGGAUUGCACCUUUGCUCUUACCACUCAACAUUGUUUUUUUUUUUGUUUCUUUUCCAUUGCUACACAGUGAUAAACUAUGAUUAGACAGUAGGACAAAAACAUUUAAAAGAAAAAAAUACCUCCAGGUCUGUGGUAUUAAAUGUUGUUCAGCACCAUCAUACAUCAAAUACUUACUGUUCUUGUUUUCUUUUGAGUUGGGUUUUACAGAAAGGCUAUAUGUUUGUGAAGCUAUGUUAAGCAGGCUCAACAAAAAUGUAGCAAAUUGUAGAUACGUAGAUUUAAGACCUGGUUUGUGAACAGUGACAGUGCUGUGGUACUCUCUGUGGAGUUUUCUGUGUUUCAAGUGUUAUAUUGUCAAUCCUCACAACUCUUAUCCAGUAACAGCAACCCAUGAUGUUAGAUGAGUUCCUUAGAAUUUACAGCUAGCAAAAAUAGGUCUCUAUGCAAUGAUCCCGUUUCCACAGUAACGAUUAGUAUUCUAGAAUUACAGUAAAGUGAGUAAAGAGCACACAUGCUUGAUUUAAUUGCAGAGGAAACUAGUUAAUUACAUUUCUAUGUCAUUAACAUCUAAUAAAGGUAGAAGCAAGAAUCUAAAUAUAUACUCGUGUACAGUUUCCAGCCAGACUAUAGCUAACUCUGCCACAGAUCAGGCCCUGGCGUGAUGCUGGCGUCAUCUCCUUGGUGAGCCUCUAGAUAUGGGCCAGGUUGGAGUCAGAUUGUGCCUGAGCAUCUACUGUAGUGUCUAGCAAUGGAGAUGGAAAAUUGUCAUCAUAGUAUCCACACUGUCUCAGUAAGAGCAUCAUUUACUGCAUCAGAUUUAUGGCUUUGGCCUGUGCUCUAUUUAAAGACAAAUUGAGUGUUAUGGUUAUAGCGGUAUUUAUGGCUAUCACAGUAUUUAAAUUUGACUAUGCCUGACGAUGUCAAAUACGGUGGUGGUGGGGAGGGGAGGGGGGUUCAAGGUUCAUCUCACAGAGAAUGAUUUUGGAAUGAAAACUGUGUUGGAAUGAAAAUUACUGAAGGGAAGUUAAAGGAUUUAAUUCUUAAAAUGUUGGUUCACUUUGUUUAGUGGUGAUGUUCCUUAACUGAAUGAGUUUUCCCAGAAGUGUGGAAUGUAACUGGGUAAACAGGUGUCUCUUAAGUUAGUCUGUGUAAAUUGUUGUUAUUCCACUGUAGUAAAUGUGUAAGUUUUGUUGGACCGUAACAUUUCUGUGCCUGUUUCUACACUGUACUUUCGCAUUUGGAAUAACCAGACUUUCUAUAGUGAUACUUGAAUUAUUUUUGAUGGUCAUUAUUUUUCUAUCACUGGAACUGUCAAAUAAAA